UGCUCCAUUAAAGUAGAUUGUUCCAUUGAUAAUUUACUCAUAAAUUUUUCUGCUUCGCAAGUAAUAAGUUUUGUAUAAAUAUUGACUGUUUAUUUUAACUUUAAUAUUAAGUUUAGUCGUGUUUAUUUGUUUAAAAUGUCUUUUUUAAACGAUAAGGAAAAUCUUCGCAAUGGCAUGAGCAAUGUGAACCUAAAGUCUCCUACUAAAAAUGUUCUCUCCCCGCGAAAUGGACCCGAAAAAGUUGAAAAGAUGGAAAUCGAGAAAGAACUUAAAGUACAGACAUUUGACCCCCAGCUUGAACCACUAUUGAAAGAAAAUCCUCGCCGCUUUGUUAUAUUUCCAAUCCAGUAUCCCGAUAUUUGGCAAAUGUAUAAAAAAGCAGAAGCAUCUUUCUGGACUGUCGAAGAAGUUGACCUGUCUAAGGACCUGAGUGAUUGGGAGAGCUUGAAAGACUGCGAAAGACAUUUUAUUAAACAUGUGCUAGCUUUCUUUGCUGCAUCAGAUGGGAUAGUGAAUGAGAAUCUUGUGGAACGCUUCUCUCAGGAGGUGCAGGUGCCUGAAGCGAGAUUCUUUUACGGAUUUCAGAUUGCCAUGGAAAAUGUCCAUUCUGAGAUGUACUCACUUCUAAUUGAAACUUACAUCAGAGAUCCCAAGGAAAGGGACUUCCUAUUCAAUGCAAUUGAGACAUUACCCUGUGUGAAGAAGAAGGCUGAUUGGGCUCUACAAUGGAUUGCAAGUAAAACAGCCACUUUCGGUGAACGUAUUAUAGCAUUUGCUGCAGUCGAAGGCAUAUUUUUCUCUGGAAGCUUUGCAUCUAUAUUCUGGCUUAAGAAACGUGGACUUAUGCCAGGAUUGACCUUCAGUAAUGAACUUAUUUCUCGGGAUGAGGGUCUCCACACAGACUUUGCAUGUUUAAUGUUCAAGCAUUUAGUACAGAAACCUAGCAAAGAAUGUGUAUUAAAUGUUAUUAAGGAUGCAGUAGUUAUUGAGCAGGAGUUCUUGACUGAUGCCUUGCCUGUCCGACUUCUGGGCAUGAAUUGUGAACUCAUGUCAAACUAUAUUGAGUUUGUAGCUGAUCGGCUGCUUGUUGAGUUGAUAGGUGAAAAGUAUUACAAUACUAAGAAUCCAUUUGACUUCAUGAAUCUCAUCUCCCUGGAGGGGAAAACAAACUUCUUUGAGAAAAAAGUUGGCGAAUACCAAAAAUGGGGAGUGAUGGCUAACCCUAAUGACAAUGUAUUUACUUUGGAUGCAGAGUUUUAAGUCUUUCCAAGUGAUUAUGAUAUUAAUGACUUGCACAGUAUUAAAUAUACCAGUUAAAUUAGUUUGACUUAGCCCCUUUGAUGUUCAUUCCAACAUUAAUAAGAACAAUUAAUUUUACAUUGAUUGGAUUUAUGUCAACGUGACUUUCAUACUUACUGAGAAAUUGAUGUACCUAAUAUUAGAUUAAGUAAAUAAGAUAAUAUAAUUUUUUUAAUAUUAAUGUAAGUAGUACAUAAAUUUAGGAUGUAAUAAAUAUAUCAAUUCAUUAACAAUUGUGGAAGUUAGUGAAACAUACUAAUUGUAAUAGAUUGAUUAUAUUUAGAUAAUUUGUGAUAUAAUGUAAUUUUCUAUUUUCAAUAAAUCAUUUUAAUUAUA